CGCCGAUCAUAGCUCGUUCGCACGCACGCGCGCACGCCGGACAAUCGAGCGCUUUUGUUGACACGUGGUGCGAGCGUUGUCGCGAUACGCAGGGACGCGGAGGGAAUCGCGCGCGAGCGGCGGGACUGUUUGCCGAGAUUGGCCGUGAAACUCAUUGAGGAAACGAAGCAGGAGGAUCCCGACAUGCGACUGAUAGCAUCGAUAGGCGCGAUCGUUCUGUUAGUUGGAUCUUGCGCGGCCAACCAGGACUUCCUCGCGAAGUCCUUGAACGAGUGCAUCGCGGCGAAAUCGUGGACUUCCUGUCUGAAACGUCAUGUUUUGGAUUACCUCGACGACAAGCUGGGCACCAGUACGGAGGCGAGGUCGCUCGAGACCGUCGACGAGGCGAUCGUCGCCAGGAUCGUCAAGUAUCUCAAGAGCUUCGAUUAUGGGCUCGACCUGCCCUUCAUCGACGCCAGUCUGAAGUACAGGCCCAGCAGGAGCUUGGCCGAUCUGGACGUUGAGUUCAAGGAUAACGACGUGGCCACCAAUCAAGCCCGGGGGCUCUUGAAGAAGAAGCUCUUGUUACCGUUCUUGCUGCUGCUGAAGCUGAAGAUGAAGGCUCUCAUGCCCAUCUUCGUGGCCAUUAUCGGACUGAAGGCGUUGAAGGCCCUCGUCCUGUCGAAGAUCGCCAUCCUCCUCGUGAUCGGAUUUGUCGCGAUGCAGUUCUUCAAGAAGGGCGGCAUGAUGAUGCCGAUGGGCAUGUCCAUGGAACCAGCGGCGACGUAUGGGCUACCACCUUCGCUCUCGACGACGUCAAGCUACGAUCCCGCCAACACGUGGGACGGCAACGGCCCAUACUCCCGUGUCUGGACACCGACCAAUGGUGUGGAGGCCCAGAAUCUUGCGUAUAGCUACUACUCGCCCGGCAGCAGCUCGUACAGCUCGGUGGGCUCUUCGUCGUCGUCCUCGUCCUCGGGCAGCUCAACGAACUACUCGUCUUAACGACGCGCAUCGAUCACCGGCCGAGUCGCCAGCCCUCGAACGGAUCGCUCCCGAUCGUAUGGUCGGCAAACGAGACACGACCAAAGAAACGCACACCAAAUAACCACGAGGCAGCUUCUUCACGAACGACGCUGACGAGACACCGUCAGUUUCUUUAAUAAGAGAGAAAAAGAAAGAGAGAGAGAGAGAGAGCUGUCCUCUCCCUGCCCCUGUCACGAUUCCAAGACUGUCGGCUUUGCGUCGGCUAUAAUCCGAGAGUCACGUCACGAGACUCGCUUGUGUCGCCCGGAUUCGUUAACUUAUCGGGAAUUUAAUUGGGCCAAAUUAAAUUUCCAAUCAAGUUUGUGGAAAUCCGAGAUCGAGAGAUUUCUCUCACACUGAUCCCCGCGGAUCGACGUUCAAAUUCGUCCGGUGAGAUCGUCCACGAGACCGACAAGCCGUUUGCCGUUAUUACUCCUCUUCGGAUGCAGCAACGCGUGGAUGAUGUUGAGGAUAACUCGGAGAGGAUAUUGAUUGCGGUGAUCACGAUGAUCGUCUGACAUCGACGCGGACCACGCAAGAGCGUCGUUGCUCCGACGCGCGAUCGUCGACUUAUUUAUUUCCCGCGCGGCACGAUUAUUUAUUAUUACCCUCUUGUGUUUGUUAA